AUGGCGCGAGGCAGUGCAACGACGGUUGCCUUCGUGGCGAGCUGCUGCUUGGCAGGUGGCUUUUUAUUUGUGCCUGGACUCUUCCCUUCGGCUGCAACGUCCACCGUGACAAACGCAGCUGGCCGCCAGGCAGAGGCGGCCCACACUGCUGAGGAGCCAGCAGCAGCAUCUGCAUGGCAGGGGCUUUUCGGUGGCGUCGCACUGGGCUUGCUCCUGAGCGUGGCCGCGGCCUCCCCAGUCCUGGCCGAGGAGGAGGCAGCAAAGCCCAAGGAGCCUACGGAUGAGGAGAUUCUCGCCAAGGGCUGCGACAUCCGCGUCGACUGCAAGACCAAGGAGGAGCAGUUCCGCUGGGCCAAGGCCUACUACAGGAAGUACAACAGGGAGAGCGAUGGCAAGGACCCCAAGUACA